AUGAGAGAGAAGUGUUAUCUGGAUAAGCACGAGGAUGGAUCGGAUUCGGUCAAGGCUGCCUCCAUAGGGUCUUCCGGUGUUUCCCUCAUUCCAUCUCUGGCUCCGAGUUCCGUGUCGUCACUCAUUUCAUCUCUGUCUCCGAGUAAGACUUUGGAUAAAGAGAACCGACAACUGCGUUUGCAGAGAACCAAUACCAAUGAUUUCAACGCUAUGCGUAUGGCCAACCUCGUCCGAGAGAGAAACAUUGAUAGUCAGGCGUACUACAAACGUGUGUCCUUCCUGCCUCUUAAAAUCAGGCAGGUGACUUUUCUUAACGAAGAUCUGGGUGGAUACUCCGGUAACAGGACCAUGAUGGGCAUGCCCGGACGAGGUAAGACCGGUGUCCAUCUGAACACUGAUCAGUGGAAAAAGGAUAUUGACCGUCAGGUUCAUUCAUGGAUGAAGACUAAACCGGUUCAUGAUAACCAACGUACUUCGCCUCGCCCGGUGUUGUCACCUACCUUUGACGGGUCGCGAAAGAGGCGACAAAAACGUCAUCGUUUGCGUGAUGCAGAAGAAAACAUGGAAACGACCGAGUCAGUGACUGGAGGAAGCGAGUCUUUAGUUUCUGUAAGUACAGACUAUACCAAACAGUCUAGUACGGAUACAAAGAAUUCACAAACGACCAUGGUCUCCAAAAGCAACCUAAGUCCCACCAAAGACAAAAAUUUCGGUCGAUCGUCAGAGGACCUGCUUGAAACUUCUGAAAGACAUGGCAAACAAAACGCCUAUAAUGAAAUAGAAUAUCAAAAACGAUAUCGUAGGAUUUUUGACUUGAAAAAGCACCUUCAUUUUGUGAAUUCUACUUGUCUCUCAGGACAGAAUAUCCUAAAGAAAAAUCAACGUCUCCCUCCGAUGAAUGGUAGUACAAAGGAAGAAAUGGACCUUAUCGCACCCGAUCUACUUGCUAUCACAUCUGUUCAAAAACACAACGAGCCGGAAUCCGUUGUCCGAUACCCGGCCCCGUCUUUAGUUACGACCACACAGCUAACAACACAUAUCUCCCCCACAAAAAACUUAGAGGAAAAUCAACAGAGUAAUGAUACUGUAAAUAAAAGUGUAAGUGCUAACACACCGGAAACGGCCCAAUGGCAGCAUACAAACCGGAAACCAGAACUCAAUGUGUAUGACAAACUGCCAAGAAUCACUGGCAAGGGCCAAAAGCGCCCUGGUGCAGAACAGCAACUAACAAUGUCCGAUUACCGAGUGUUACGGGAAACGGAGAUUAGAAAUAGGAGGAAUAAAAAGCAUGGUUCAAAUUUUCAUCAUGAGCGUAAACACAGUGUUAUCGAGGAGGCAGACUCAGCGUGCAAUACUCACAGAACGAAUGACGAUAGGGAGACAAGUCUUUUACCAGAAAGGCCAGGGUCUCCAGAACUGGGGACGGGGCGAAACACCAAUGGACGUGUCUAUCAAGCACAGGAGGAGGAAGAUGGCGACGAGGACGAUGAAGCAUUGGAUCAGUACGAACAGACACCGGGUAUGAAAAUCCGUAUACAUAUAAAAUAUAAACGUGAUCUUGAUGACGCGGCAGAGGGCAGUACGGACGCGGAAGAUGUAAUGAACACUUCUUCACCACAUCAUCGAGCGGAAGGUCGCAUACCGGUCAAACAUAGGACGCAAAAUAAAAAGAAAAGUGUGAGACAAGUGUCUGAGUGA